AUGACUCUAACAGUCUACUACCUGCAUUGGUCGCAAGGCGACCGCAUCAUCUGGCUCUGUGAAGAACUCACCGCGCUGAUCCCCGACUUCAAGUACGAACUCCAUGUCUUCCCGCGAGGCCUCGAGGAAUCCGAAGGCAAACAAACCCUUGUCGCACUUCACCCGUCCGGAACAUCCCCUACCCUCAAGGAUACCAACGUCUCUCCCCCCAUUGUCAUCACGGAAUCCCAAGCCAUCCUCAUGUACAUCAUUGACGUCUAUGGCUCCGGCACUUUCGCGCUCAACCCCUCCGCCGGCCCCCACAUCUACAGCCAAUACCUCUACUGGCUCUGCUUCGCCAACGGCAGCAUGCAAGCCUUCCUCAGCGCCGACAUCUACGCGGCCUCUCUGCUCAACGCCCCGGGCUUCCCCACCGACACCCUGGCAGCCAACUACGCGCACCAGUCCUUCAUCCGCCGCACCCCAAACCACCUGAAGCAGUACAACGACCGCCUCGCCACCAACACGUACCUGGCCGGCGACGAUUUCAGCGCCGCCGACAUGAUGAACAUCUACUGCUUCACGCUGCUGCGCGUCAUCUACCCCAUCGACCUCUCCGAGUACCCGCACAUCCGGCGCUGGCUGAAGCUCAUCACGAGCCGCCCCGCGUACCGCAGGGCGAUGGACAAGGGGGAGGACGGCAUGCCCGCGCUGGUCACGCCGACGGUGCCGCAGCUGACGUUCCCGGUUCUGCUGAGCGUGGCGCCGUGGAACUCGGUGCCGGAGUUGGUGAAGAUGAAGGAGGAGCAGGAUGCCGAGGACAAGGCGAAGGUGUCGUGA